UCCAGAAAGCUGGCUGCCCUGUCGAGGGUUUUUCAAGGGUUUAACAUCAAGGGCUUCAAAUUACAACACACUCACCCCUGAAAAAGGCUUAUCAAAUCCGCUAUGAGAAGGGUUUCAUCCAUUCUCGGAAAGCUCCAGCAUCACUCCAAAAUUUCUUUCUCAUUUCCUUCAGUUGAUUCCAUCUCCCACAUAUCGUCCCUCCCCAACCCUACGCCAUGCACCCAAAACCACCCAUCAAAAUCCCAUCUCAAGAACUUCUCCAAGGCCGAUGCUUUACUCUUAUCCAAUACUAAAUCUCAAGGUUUCACCACCCUUUCUGACCAAACCCCUAUGGCCCCUCAUAUGUCUUCAAGACAGAGAAAAAUAAAAGAAAGAUCCCAACUUGAAGAGGCGUUCGAGUCGGCAGAGACCACUGAUGAUAUGCUCAAGGCAUUCAAGGACAUGGAGGACAGCUUUGAUGAAAUUGAGCUUGGAUUAGCUUGCUUGAAAUUAGGCCUCAAACUUGACCAAGAAGGUGAGGACCUUGAAAAGGCUUUAUCUUUUGCUGCUAGGGCUUUGAAAGUUCUUGAUAAAGAGGAUAAACCCUCUUUGCCUCUUGCUAUGACUUUGCAAUUACUGGGUUCUGUAUGCUAUAGUCUACGACGGUUUAAUGAUAGUUUGGGGUAUCUUAAUAGGUCUAAUAGAAUAUUGCUCCGGCUGGAGGAACAACGUUCUUGUAGUGCUGAUGAUGUUAGGCCUAUUCUUCAUGCUGUUCAAUUUGAAUUGUUUAAUACUAAGACUGCCAUCGGGAGGAGAGAGGAGGCUAUUGGUAAUCUUAGGAAGGCAUUGGAGCUAAAAGAGAUGAUGUUAGAUGAAGACUGCAGGGAACUUGGGAAGGCUAACAGGGAGGUAGCAGAGGCCUACGUCGCAGUUUUGAGUUUCAGGGAGGCCUUACCAUUUUGUUUGAAGGCCUUGGAUAUCCAUAAAACGCAAUUGGGACAUAACUCGGUGGAAGUUGCUCAUGAUAGGAGGCUUCUUGGAGUUAUUUAUACUGGACUUGAAGAGCAUGAAAAGGCACUGGAGCAAAAUCAAUUGUCUCAAAGGGUCUUGAAAAGUUGGGGUUGCAAUUCUGAAUUGCUCCGAGCUGAAAUUGAUGCUGCCAAUAUGCAAAUUGCCUUAGGAAGGUACGAUGAGGCCAUUAAUACUUUGAAGGGCAUUGUACAGCAAACUCCUAAGGAUAGUGAGGAUCGAGCUAUGAUCUUUGUUUCCAUGGCCAAGGCUUUGUGUAAUCAGGAAAACUUUGCAGACUCUAAGAGGUGCCUUGUGAUUGCUAGUGGAAUUCUUGACAAGAAAGAAGCAACGUCGCCUAUAGCAGUUGCUGAGGCAUUUAUGGAAAUAUCAAUGCAGUAUGAGACUAUGAAUGAGUUUGAAACUGCAAUAUCCUUGUUAAAGAGAGCGCAUGCAAUGCUUGAAAAGAUUGCGGAAGAGCAACAUUCAGUAGGAAGUGUCUCUGCAAGAAUUGGCUGGUUACUCCUCCUGACUGGGAAGGUUGAGCAAGCGCUUCCUUAUUUGGAGGAUGCAGCUGAGAGACUAAAAGAGAGCUUUGGAUCCAAGCAUUACGGGGUUGGCUACGUGUACAAUAAUCUGGGUGCAGCAUAUUUGGAGUUAGAUAGACCUCAGUCUGCUGCACAGGUUUUUGCUUUUGCAAAGGAUAUCAUGGAUGUUUCCCUGGGUCCACAUCAUGCAGACUCAAUCGAGGCAUGUCAAAACCUUUCAAAGGCAUAUGCUGCCAUGGGAAGCUACCAGCUAGCAAUUAACUUCCAGGAGAAAGUAAUUGAAGCUUGGGAAGGCCAUGGUCCAAGCGCGGAGGAUGAAGUCAAAGAAGCUCAGCGACUCCUGGAACAAUUGAAGAAGAGAGCACUUGGUGCAUCCUCGAAUGAGUCUCUGAUGAAGGCAUUACCUUUGCCUCACACGAUAAAUGCUGUUUCUGGUGCAAACUCAAAAACUGGUCUUUCAGUUAAUCAAGCACCGUCGAGUGCAUUAUGAGCUGUUAAAUCUUGCAGAAUUAAGCUUUGAGUGAACAGCUUCUGUACGAGUUUUUUUCCUGUUACAUAUUUGUGUUUCAUUUCAUUAUUUGGCUGCCGAUAACAAUAAUCUAGUACCUUAGAGAUGCCUAGAGAUUAACAGAAGCUAGAAAUUCAGCAGUUCUUCUGAAGUCUGAAGGUUUA